AAGACGAAGAAGGACGUUACCUUCAGUCGGUUAGCUUGUCACAACGGUCUCGACAUUUCUACAUUUGUCUUCGUUUAAAACAGUAUUUUCACCUGUGAACGUUUUACUUCUUCUCUUUGUGAAGCGACUGUGCGCUUUCUUUAACACCGCUCCGUGUUUGAUUUAAGGAAACGCCCUGAGCGUUUCUCCUCCCAUCAUGUCUCACAACUACCCGUACAGGCGGCCGCCGUCUGACUCCGAUCGCAGACCUGACCCUGGACUGUAUGGCUCAGCAGACCGCCGUCAAGUCUCAUCGGACAACGACUUUUACAGGCCGCCUCAGGAUUCCUUCGCCUCGUCCCACCCGUCUUCCUCCUCCUCCUCGUCCUCUAGAGGAGCUCAGUGGACCCAGGAUGGCGCUCUCGGCAUCCUGAACAGCUGUGGUCUGGAGCCAGGUGACCUGGCUCUGCUGGCUGAGCUACCUGAAGAUGUCCUCACUAUCGAGUCCCUGCCUCAAGUCCUCAAACAGAUAAAAGGAAAGAGGGCCACCAUCAGACCUUUUCCUCCCAAUGCUCCAUCUCCUCCUUCCUCCUCCUCCUCUUCGUCUUAUCUCCCCAGCUCCUCCCGUCGACUUGCUCUCAGCCCUUCCACCGGCGACUGGGAUCCCCACAGCCAGCCGCUUCAGUACCCUUUGGACCAUGUGACACCAGAUCCUCUUUCUUCUGAGCUGGACCGCUGGGGGAAUCCCAGGACCUGCGGCUCUGUCAGAACAGACCCACCGUUGUCAUCAUCGUCCUCCAGCUAUGUUGUGGACUUCCACCACAGACCAGGACCUUCUGAGUAUGGUAAGACAGGCAGAGAUACCGGUCCAGUUUCCUCUCGGGACUACAACCAUAGACCAGCAUCCUCUGAUUUUGGCAAGACAGCCAGAGACUCCACUCCAGUGUCCCCUCAGGACUACAACUACAGACCAGGCACCUUAGAGUAUUCUAAGACGAGCAGAGACUCCACUCCAGUGUCCUUACUGGACUACAACCACAGACAAGGACCCUCUGAUUAUGGCAACACGAGCAGAGACUCCGGUCCAGUUUCCUCUCAGGACUACGACCUCAGACCAGGACUCUCUGACUAUGGUAAGACAGGCAGAGAUACCGGUCCAGAACGACCCUCUUUCAGCUCAGCAGGAAGAAACAAAAGAACUCGUCCUUCCCGUUUCUCUCAGCCGGAACCAGCCGAUCACAGGUCAGCUCCUCCGCCUGAAGAGCUCCAUCCAAAAACUCAAGUUGGGCACCAGUCUGAGACCUCGUCCACCUGGAGCAACAGCAGCUGGUCCACCGCCUUGAUGCCCUCCAAGAAAAAAGCGAUGGACUUUCACGGGACAUCUCCGGCAACGUUCCCGUACUCAUGCUCUCUGUGUGAUAUCACUGUGAUGUCAGAGAAGGUUUGGAUUAAACAUAUAAACGGGCCUCAUCAUGCGGACGGACAGCUCACCCUGCUGCAACAGUUUCCUAACUGGGACUGUCGCAUGGAGACAGUCAUCAGGGUGGAAGACCAAUCAGAGAAGAGGAAAGAUGAAGGACAACCCGCCCGGCAGACAGCCAAUCAGAGCUCUAAUAAGCCACAGCCUAAUUUAAAAGUAGAGAAGAAGACUGCAGACAAAAGUAAAGUGGUGUGUGUCAAGUUUCCGGCUCAGUCUGUGGACGAGGCGUACCUGAGGAAACUGACCGAACCGUUCGGGAAGGUCGUCAAGAUCCUUAUGUUCCCAUCUUUAGCGUUUGUGGAGCUGGGCUCCAUCGACCAGGCAAAGGACUUGGUGAAGUUCCACACAAACUAUCCUCCAACUGUGAACGGAGAGCAGAUGGAGUUCAGGAUCUCAAAGACCUUUAACUUUCUCCAGAGUUCUCGGGUGGUGAGUUUCACUCCGGCUCCAAUAGGAGAGGACAGCCAAUCAGAUCUGAUAAGCAUCAUCAAACGCUUCGGCUCGCCACUCUACACUUUGUUCCUGCCGUCCAAGGCGUUUGUAGAGAUGAAAAAUACACCUGAUGCUCAGAAGCUGGUGGAUUAUUACUCCUCCAAAAACCUGAGGAUCAACAAUGAGGUCAUCCAAGUUUCCUUCUCUGGAGAAUACAAGAGCCUCAUGCGAGUCACUUCAGCAAAGAAAUUCGAAGAGGAAACAAGUUCGACCAAGAGGUCAAGGAGUUUGAGCCGAGAGAAGGAAGACAAGACAACAGAGACCAAGAGGAGGAGGAGCAGUAAAGACCGAGAGGAGGAGGGAGAGAAAUCCAGCAGAGACAAGAGGACCAGGUCCAGAUCCAGAGAAAAUGAUGAGAAAAGGACCAGAACAAAGUCCAGGUCCAGAGAAAGAUCCGGCAGAGACAAGAGGACCAGGACCAGGUCUAAAUCCAGGGAAAAGUCCACCAAGGAGAAAAGCUCCAGAACCAGAUCCAGGUCCAAAGAGAAAUCUAAAGAACACUCCAGAGAGAGGAGGUCCAGGUCUAAAUCCAGGUCCAGAGAUAAAUCCAGCAAAGAAGAGAUGACAACCAGGUCUAAAUCCAGAGAAAAAUCCAUUAAAGAGGAAAACACCAGAUCCAGAUCCAGAUCCAGAGAUAAAUCCAGCAACGAGUCCAGAGUAAAGUUGGAGGCACCAGUGAAAACUGAGACACCUGACUCUGAGUCCAGGACUGAUCCUGAUCCAGCGCCUGUCAAAGACAUCAAACCUAAAGCUGAAGUAAAAGAAGAGCCUGGAGAGGAAGCAGAGUCGUCUGCAGACGAGAGCGACAUCGAGGGGAUGGAGGUGAUAGGAGAGGAUGGAGAGAGUCUGGAGGAUGAAGACCUGGAAACUCUGGAUGACACUGAUGCAGAGGAGGAGGAGGAGAAGGAAGAAGACAAGGUGGAGGGAAGCGACUGUCUUGCAGAGAAUACAGACUCACGUGAAGAAGAUAAUGAGGUGAAAGUGAAGAAUGAAGAGGCUGGUGAUCAGGAGAUAGAAAUAAAGCAGGAGAAGAUGGAGAAGGAGAAACCUAUAAAUGAAAAAAGGGGAGAAGAGGUAUCCAUGAAGACAGAGAGGGAGAAACCCAUAAAUGAAAGAGAGGGACAGGAGGAAUCCAUGAAGAAGGAGGAGAAAGAGUCAGAAUCCAGCAGUGGAGCAGAGGAGACUCAGCCAGAGGAGGACAAGGAAGAACGAGAUUUCCCAGUAGACCUGGAGAACUGCAUCACUCUAGAUGAACUGGGAGAAGACCAGUCUGACGACCAAGAUGAAAAAGUCAGUGAUGAACCCAAAUCUUCGUCCUACCGAGUGGUUUACUUCGACCACCUCCCGCAGACUCACUUCAGUGACCUCGACUUCUUCAAGUUGGUGAAAGAUUUUGGGACGCCGGUGCGCUAUUUCCGAGUCCCUGGACGCCAAAAGGGUUUCAUUGAGAUGUCGACUUCUGCAGAGGCUCUGAGAGCUGUGAAUGAGCUGUCCUCUAAAUCUCUCACCAUCAAUGGCUCCAAAAUCUACAUCAACAUCUCUAACAGAUACAUGAAACUGUCCAACGGUCGGUCAGUUCAGAUGGCCAUGGACAAAGAGAAGAGGAGGAGUGAGAGAUAUAACAGGGACGAGUCUGAGGAGAGGAGGUCUGAGGGGAGGAGGGAGUCCUCGAGGAAGACUCCAGAGAAAAAGUCAACGUCUAAAAAGACUCCAGAGAAAGAUUCAAAGUCUAGAAAGACUCCAGAGAAAGAUUCAAAGUCUAGAAAGACUCCAGAGGAGUCGGUGUCCAAAGUGGCCAAUAAGAAAUCUUCAGAAAAGGAGUCUGCAUCCAGAAGUUCUCCAGAAAAGAAGCCAGAAAGGGAGUCAGCUGUCAAAAACGGGUCAGAAAAGAUCUCCAGGACAACACCAGAGAAAGAGUCAGCCAAUAAAAAGACUUCAGAAAAAGAGUCAAAAAAGACUGAAGAGAAGAAGGACUCAGCUGAGGAGGAGUCCGCUGCUAAAAAGGCUCCGGAAAAAGAGUCUCUGUCUAGAACGCGUUCAGGAAACAAGACACUAAAAAGAAAAGGGACUCAUGAGAACGAGUCUGUGCCUGAAAAGACAGAGAAGAAGACAGAUCCCACAAGUGAUGAGACUGCGAUAAGACAGGAGCUGGAGGAGGAAGAAAAGUUAGAGAUCCAUGACAAAGAAGGAUCAGCAGAGAAGACUCCAGAGACGGAAGAGUGUAAAGACAAAAAGACUCCAGAGACGGAAGAGUGUAAAGACAAAAAGACUCCAGAGACAGACGAGUGUAAAGACGAAAAGUCGCUUGAAGUUGAGGAGGAGACAUCUGAACCAGGACCAAAGGAUUCAGAGAGUCUACAUCAGCCAGACUCUACCAGCGAUCCUCCAAAACCACAAACUGAACAGAAAGCUGCUGAUGAUCAGCUGCAGGACUCAGAGGCACCGCUCCAAGUGCAACAACAGCCUGAACCUGCAGGGGGCGCUGCAGAACUGCAGACACCCACCAAACCUGUUGGCACAGAGUUUGUCCGACCGGUCGUCGGUUACUUCUGUAACUUGUGUCAGCUGAUCUACGCUGACGAGGACGAAGCCAAACUGCAGCACUGCAGCACCCUGACGCACUACAGGAAGUACCAGGAGAAGACGGGGAAAGAUCCGUGGGCGAGCUGAGCGCCUGAAGAGACAAUCUCUGCUAUAAGUUUUGGAACUACAGUUCCCAUAAUGCUUUAUGGGAUGUCAACAGUAAGUAUGAGGUUGACAUGGGUUCAGUCAGUCAGCUGUGAGCUAUAACUAGUUUUUAACCUGUAUUUGUUUCCACUCAGACAAACUGUCUGAGUUAGUGGGCGGAGCUUUGCUGC